AUGUGACAAAGUUAAAAAUUAAUAAAUAUUAUAUAUCUUUGUAACUGAAACUGUUAUUACGUUAAGUGCGCAUUAUUGUUUGAAAAAUCCGUCCUAGCCGAAACAUGGAUGAUUGUGAGCUCUUUCACCAGCGGUUGUUAUCAAACUAGAAAGAAAUAAAACUCGGUUCGCUGCGCUAUGUAUAAUUGCGUAGGUACUUGUGUGUAUACACCAACGCCGUUGGCGACAAUAUCGAUUUAACGCCGGCGAACACGCUACGGUUGAAUGUUUAUGAAUACACAAAAACAGUCGACGCGCUUCGGGGCGUAGCGUUUGUCUCAGUUGAGCUUGCAGUCGCCGACAAUGGAUAGGUUGAAAAAGUACUCGACGUGCGAAGCGAAAACGUUGCAACACAUCUACGAAUUUUUGUUGUCCAACAACAUGACGGAGACCUCCGCCUGUUUCCUCGAGGAAUGUUGCAAGCUGAACAUGCCGGCGCCGUCGAGAACGACGGAGACCAAUGUUCCAGCUCGCAUAUCCAAAGACCGUGCGGCGUCCGUAAUCGAAUCUUUUCAAACCGCUUCUAGGUCAACGUUUAUGAAGAUAUGGGACGAUUUGCCGAACGAGAUUAAACGAAUCGACGAGUACAGAAAACUAACGUUCUACCUUCACGUGUACUACACCAUAGAAGAGUGUGAAAAACGAUCGGGUAAAUCUGAAACCUGUAGCGACAGCAAAUGCGGGGAAAACGACGAGGGAAGUGCGAUGGAGGCAUUUCGCACUUUUCUCGUGCAAAGGGGUGCGGAGUUCAGCACAAAAACCGAAUUCCUACCGUAUUUCGCGCUGCCCUACGUGUUCGACCCGAUGCAACAUCCCUCGUUCAAAAAUCUGUUCAAAGGAAACCGAUGGUGCGUCUCGUUGAACAAACGACUGGAGGACUUUAUUCUGGAUAUCGCAAUCAACUCGUCGAUCAUACUGGUGCCCAGCAAAGACGUGCAAAAACGAAAACUAACCAAAAAAAAUUUUAAAUCGCUGUACAAGGAAUAUAAACCCUUGAAUGUUUUAGCGGCAGAACUUUUAAACGCGUUAGAAAACUCAAUACGAGGACAAUCGAUUAAUUUAGAAAUUAUUUUGAAAAAUUGUAACGCCGUGGUGGAAACUAACGAAGAGAACGAACAAAACUUAAAGAUGGUAGAUGAUGGAUUCGAUUUGGCCGUGUAUAAAAUCAAACUCGAACUUCGAGACGGUAAUAGUACCAAGAACAAAUUACUAAUUUUACAAGCUCUGCGGUGGAGGUUGACCAAAUCGGAGAAUAGAUCGGACACGGUGGCCAUGAUGAAGAAACACGAUCUGUUGGACUUGCGUAAGACGAAAGCCGAUAAUGGUAUCAUGAAAUGGUUAACGAUGACGAACGGACCUCACCCACUGCAGCAGAUGAUCUCGAGACUGCUGAACGCGCUAGCGUCUUUCCACAAUGGUCGCAGAUAUCUGGCGGGUUCGCCGUUCCUGUUGCGUCUCAUCGUGACCCAGACCAUAUCUUCUCAACACUUUUGGGACACGAUCACGAGCAACAUGUUGUUGGGAACGCUGCAAAAACUCAGCACGAAAUCGCGACAGCGGACGACGAUGAUCGCGGCAGGCUUGACCACGUGGUUGGCCGAUCAGCUCGUCCGGAAGAGCGAAUUCGACGGUGAUCGGAACAAGUACGAGAUGUAUGACCUGGAGUAUAGUCUGGCGCUUUUCAUGAACCUGUGCCAGUGUCAGUCGGCCGUUCAGGCUUGUAGUUCCCGUGCCCGUAACCUGUUCAAGAGCCUGAGCAUUUUCAUCUCGACAAUGGACGUGGACAUUAUACCAUGUAUAUCUGGAAUAUUGUACAACUUUUUUAAAAAUCCGGGCAUGAUGGCUGUGGCUAAGGAGGAAGGGCUAACCGACGUCAUCGAGAAAACGAUCGAAAAUAAUAUCAACGCGUAUCCGUCGGCGAUUGAACAACUAGUCGACGUAAGGAAUAUAUUGUUACAAAACAAACAUCCGGCUUUCGAUCUAUCGGACGAUGAUGAUGAUGAUGACGACGACAAGGAAGACUACGACGAUAAUAGCAACGAAGACGAAAGAAGCAGCGACAACAAUGACGAUAACGACGACGUCGAAAAUCUAGAGGCUGAACUAGACGAAGAUGACCCAUUGAAGAUUCAACCAAACGGCGAAGAUUUUCUUGUCAACUACAAAACGGCGAAUCGUGCGACGCCCGAACAAUAACAGUGCAACAAUAUAGUAUCGUAUUAUUCGUAUAAAAACGCCUUGUAAACGCUAUGUAGAGAUAACUCAAUACACAUGUAUGUACGUAUCCUUGUACACUUUAUACCUAACUCAGUUAUUGUUUUCCCGUCUCACACGGGACCACAAUAUUAUAAUACACCGACAAACCGUAUCCGUUGCUCAACAGUAUUGUUUUAAUUAUUAUAAUUAUUUAUUUAUUAUUAUUAUUGUGUUAUUAUUGUAUUGCUUUUUCGAUUAACAUAAGUAUUGUGGCGGUUAAUUACGCGAAUACAAAUGUUUAAGACGGCAAAAAAAAAAUGUAAAACAGAUUAAAAAUCUAAUUUUAAAACCGCA